AUGUCCGCCCCUGAUCAAAACACUGGUGCUCCUCAGCAGGACACUCUCGACAAGGCUGUUGCGUUCGGCUCCAAGAAGGCUGGCCACGAGCAGAACGCCGGAACCGUUGAGAAGGUCUCCGACGGCAUCCGAUCCGGCUUUAAGAAGCUCACUGGCAAGGAUGUCCCCAUCAAGGACAAGCAAUAG